AAAAAGAGGAGGAUCCUGAACUGAGUCCUUUAUUUAUUUCUUUCUGUUCAGCAGGGGGGGGUAUAAUAAUAACAACAGCAACACACACACCACGCUUAUUUUAUUUAUUAUCAUUGUCAUUAUACGCAAGAAAACUGGAUAAGAUUAUAGCUGUUACUCGAAGGCCGAAGCCAAGGGGAGGAGGAUGAAGCGGCGCAAUGCGGACUGCAGCAAACUAAGACGGCCCUUAAAACGGAACCGAAUCACCGAGGGGAUAUACGGCAGUACCUUCCUGUACCUGAAGUUCCUGGUUGUGUGGGCUCUGGUGCUGCUGGCAGACUUUGUGCUUGAGUUCAGGUUUGAGUACCUCUGGCCCUUCUGGCUCUUCAUGCGGAGUGUGUACGACUCCUUCCGAUACCAGGGACUGGCGUUUUCAGUAUUCUUUGUUUGCGUGGCGUUUACCUCCGACAUCAUUUGCCUCCUCUUCAUCCCGGUCCAAUGGCUGUUCUUUGCUGCCAGUACCUAUGUGUGGGUGCAGUAUGUUUGGCACACCGAGAGGGGUGUGUGUCUCCCCACUGUGUCUCUAUGGAUACUGUUUGUGUACAUAGAGGCAGCCAUCAGAUUCAAAGACCUGAAAAACUUCCACGUGGACCUGUGUCGUCCCUUUGCUGCACACUGCAUCGGCUAUCCCGUAGUAACGCUGGGCUUUGGCUUCAAGAGCUACGUUAGCUAUAAAAUGCGUCUGCGGAAACAGAAAGAAGUGCAGAAAGAGAACGAGUUUUAUAUGCAGCUGCUACAGCAGGCUCUACCUCCAGAGCAGCAGAUGCUUCAAAGGCAAGAGCGAGAAGCAGAAGAAGCAGCACCAGCUAAAGGAGUAUCUGAAGGGGACACGCCUCCAGUGUCGCAGAAUGGCGCCCCGGCCAAUAAAAAGGCGUCUGUUCCCUUACCGGAGCUGGAGUAUAGAGAAAAAGGGAAAGACGGAAGAAGUGGCGGCGAUAGUAAAAAGCAACAAAACAGCAUCCUACCGUCAUCGCUGGACUCUAAGCUCCAGGAGAUGGAGUACAUGGAAAAACAUAUAAACAACAAGAGACUGGCCACAGAGCUGGGCAGCACAGAAAACCUGUUGCUUAAAGAGGACAACAAUUCCUCCUGUUCAUCUUCAUCCUCCUCCUCCUCCAAAAAUUACAAAAAUGCUAACACCAACACCGUAACGCUUAGCUCCUCGCCCUGCGGCCACAGUGCCAGCAACGGCAGCGUGCCCUCCUCGGCGCAGCCGUCCUCAACGGGGAAGAACGAGAAGAAGCACAAGUUAACGGUGGGAAAAGGGACGUCAGGCAGUUCCCACAAAGAUCCCACAGACAACUGCAUCCCGAACAACGAGCUGAAGAAGCCAGAGGCGCUCGUUAGACUGGAGCAGGACAUUAAAAAGCUGAAGGCGGACUUGCAGGCCAGCCGGCAGGUUGAACAGGACCUCCGCAGCCAGAUUGGUUCACUGGGCAGCGCUGAGCGCUCCAUACGCACUGAACUGGGCCAGCUGCGCCAGGAAAACGAGCUGCUCCAAAACAAGCUUCAUAAUGCUGUGCAGGCAAAACAAAAGGACAAACAGACAGUCGGGCAGCUAGAGAAGAGGCUCAAAGUAGAACAAGAGGCCCGAGCGACUGCUGAGAAGCAGCUCACAGAAGAAAAGAAGAGAAAGAAACUAGAGGAGGCCACAGCGGCCAGAGCAGUAGCAUUAGCAGCAGCCUCCAGAGGGGAAUGCACAGACACGCUGCGGCGGCGAAUCACUGAGCUAGAAGCAGAGGGUAAAAAAUUAACAAUGGACAUCAAGCUGAAAGAAGAGCAGAUACGAGAUCUGGAAAUAAAAGUUCAGGAACUUCAUAAAUAUAAGGAAAAUGAAAAAGACACAGAGGUGCUGAUGUCAGCGCUGUCAGCGAUGCAGGAUAAGACUCAGCACCUGGAAAACAGCCUGAGCGCAGAGACCAGGAUCAAACUGGACCUCUUCUCUGCUCUGGGAGACGCCAAGAGACAGCUGGAGAUUGCACAAGGUCAGAUCCUUCAGAAGGACCAAGAGAUCAAAGAUCUGAAGCAGAAGAUAGCAGAAGUUAUGGCGGUCAUGCCCAGCAUCUCUUACACACCCGACACCAGCAGCAUGACCCCCGUCACCCCCCACUACUCCUCAAAGUUCAUGGACACCAGUCCCUCCGGCCUGGACCCCAACGCUUCUGUUUACCAGCCCCUCAAAAAGUGAACGUUUUCUUUCUUUUAUUUUUAAUUUUUUUCUUCCAGCCCCUCCCUCUCCUCUCUCUAUACUUCUACUGCUCCUGCCGGCCCUGUCGUGUCGCAGCUGAGAGCUCGGUUUUCUUCUGUUCUCUCUCUUUUUGCCAGGUCAGAAGGAUGUUGUAAUGUGUGACUGUGUUUGUUGUAGUUAAAACAAAAGACCAAAAAAAAAAAAACUGACAUCCCUGGAAAAUUAGAAAACCCUCAGUUUUUAUUUCAAUGUCUGGUGAAACCUCACAGAUUCAGGCGCGUAUUUUUCAUCUCAAGGAUGCCGCUCCCCUAUUGC